GACAGGCGGCGCAUGCAUUGCGUGCAGGCGUUCAUCGCUGAGACCCUACGCUAUCGCACCGCCGCUCCCGUCGGCUCUCCGCGCGUCACUCUAUGCGACACAACAAUCGCUGGUAAAUAUGCAAUUGCCAACAACACAAUAGUAUUGCAACACUCCUACAACAUGUUGCUCGAUGAUCAUCAUUGGUCACACGCCAAUCAGUUUGACCCUGGUCGCUUUCAAUACAAUGGGCAGUUUGUCAAACCGAGAUCCACGCCAUUCAUGCCCUUUGGCUCCGGACGU